AUGGUGGGCACGCCCACCGGCGGUCCACCCGGCCCCCUGACCGCCAACCCGAACAGCUUCUACGGGGGCGUGGCCGCGAGCGCCAGCUUCACCAGCGACUACAGCGACUACAUGAGCCACGCGGAGCUGUACAGUAGCGUGGCCAGUUCGGCGAGCUCAGUGCUCAGCUCGCCGGUGGCCACGCGGGCCGACUACGACCGGCGAACGAAGAAGAAGCACGAGCUGCUGGGGGAGGCGAUGAAGGCGGGCACGCCCUUUGCCCUCUGGAACGGGCCGACCAUUGUCGCCUGGCUUGAGCUUUGGGUGGGCAUGCCCGCCUGGUACGUCGCUGCCUGUCGCGCCAACGUCAAGAGCGGCGCCAUCAUGUCCGCCCUCUCCGACCACGAGAUCCAGCGGGAGAUCGGCAUCAGCAACCCGCUGCACCGGCUGAAGCUGCGCCUGGCCAUCCAGGAGAUGGUCGCCCUCACCUCGCCCUCGGCGCCCAAGCCGACGCCCACCGCCCUGGCCUACGGCGAGAUGAACCACGAGUGGAUCGGCAACGAGUGGCUGCCCUCGCUAGGGCUGCCGCAGUACCGCUCCACCUUCAUGGAGUGCCUAGUGGACGCCCGCAUGCUGGAGCACCUCAACAAGAAGGACAUGCGCGUCCACCUGAAGCUAGUGGACGCCUUCCACCGGACUAGUCUGCAGUAUGGGGUCAGCUGUCUGAAGCGGCUCAACUACGACCGGACGAUGCUCGAGGAGCGGCGGAAGGCCAGCGAGGCGGAGACUAUUGACGUCUUCGUGUGGAGCAACGAGCGGCUGAUUCGCUGGGUGGCCAGCAUCGGCCUGAAGGAGUACGCGCCCAACCUCGCCGAGUCGGGCAUCCACGGGGCGCUGAUCGCCCUCGACGACACCUUCGACGCCUCGCACCUCGCCAUGGCGCUGCAGAUAUCGGCGACAGGGGCCCGCAAACAGCUGGAGCUUGCCUUCAAUGAGCUUCUGAUCAAGGGCACCGAGCGGCGGCANAAAGCCCGCAAACAGCUGGAGCUUGCCUUCAACGAGCUUCUGAUCAAGGGCACCGAGCGGCGGCAGAAUGAG